GCAGAUUUUUCACUAUCAAUGCUGCUUCCCUCACACUGAUAGCAAUUGCAAUGAAGCUACCAGUGGAUCUAAACACCGACAUGUCUGUGAAUAAGACUAUCAGCACUAUUUUCUUUAUCGUCAUGUUAGUAUGCUACUGCAAAAGAAGAGCUGGUAUAUGUGAUACCAAUGACUAUGUUAAUAUGUUCCCUUCCAUGGCCCUUUUCGAUAGCUUUGACAAUUCCAGCAUCUAGAAAAAUCUUACAACACCGCUACAAGGAGUUGCACAGAUUGACUUCAAAUCAUCAAGAGAUAAACUUCUCCAACAAGCGACUCAUUCGGCAUGUUAAAAAGUAUUGGAUGAUGGCAGAGACUGGUAACCCCCAAUUUGCAAUUGCUUGUUCACCAGUUUCUUCUGCUUUUGGGGUUAUAUGCUUAUGCCUUGCUUGCAGUUUGUUUUUUUUAUUCGUGCAAGGUGGAUGGAUUUCCUUUACAUAUGAUCACAGCAGGUCUGGCUAUUAUGAGAAAUCAGAAUACAAGUGGUCAAUGAAAUUUAUUAUUAUCAUGCAAACAGUUGGGACAAUAGUAGGCAGUAUCGCACCUAUUUUAAGAUGUUUGACUUCCAUCAGUCAUUUCGACCUAUCCAAGAAAUGGACCAAGAACCAUCUAAACGUGUUCAGAGUUGAGAAAUAUUGGACCCAAAUACUUCAUCUUUGGAAACGCAAUCAUGUGGGUUUAGGUAUCCCAGGUCGUCAUUCCAAGAAGCUUCUCCACAACUUCAAAAACAUGAUUUUGAACUUUUGUAUAGCGCUUCAGAUAAUGAUUGUGGUUAUAUGUAAAACGAUAUGUCUUAUUCCCAGAUCUUUUCUGAUCCUAUUCUCUUGUUGUUGCUAUUUCUGCAAGUCAUUGUUGAAAAGGUUUAGACAAGAACCAAAUGCAUCUAAUACCAAUGUGAUAGCAGAUACGGAAGAAUAUACUGGUUAUGUCCUACAAACUGAAGCGGAGGCCAAGCUUUCAAAGAAAAUAUUAAGAAAGUCCUUCAACUCUAUAACUCGAAUUCUUCAAGAGUCUGAAGAGAAAGAGCCAAUGAAUCUGCUGAAGCUUCUCAAGAAAUCUACAGGAUUCAAUGGAGUAUUAGAGUUCGACAAUGACCAAGUCCCACCUUUACAUCCAGAAGAAAUCCAGAACUGCUGGAGCCUUGUAGCAGUAACAUUAACAGCCAUUGCCCUUUCCCUUCCCAACAUUGAAAACGGCCAAGCCAAGAGGUUACUUGCCAGUAUGAAUGAAGGCAUCGAAUUUGUAAGACAUAUUGAAGAAAGCCUCAAUACAAAUGGUGAAUUGGUAAAGGCAAGAAAAGCAGCUAGACAUGUGUGGACGGAUGUUGAAGUAUACUGCACGUGGCUACAAAUUGAUCUACAAAAGAAGGCUUGCAAAGGAGAAACGUCACAGAAAAUUCUUGAAUGGUUGGGUGAUGAAGCAGUAAAUACUGUGAUACAGGUCAAGAGAAGCAAAGAUGGAAGUCCGGAUCAUUCACUUCGUAACUUCAUUGCUGCAAAUUCAAUGUACAGAAUCAGUCAAACCAUACUGCUUCACUGCAACCAGCAACAAAAUUGGCCAACAGAUGAGGAACUUUUUGAAUUUAUAUCAACCAUAAUCGCAGAUCUGUUGUGCGCUUGCUUUACCAACUUACCUCGUGUCAUAACUCUAAGGUGCCAUGCGGAUGCAAUAGAGAAAAGGGAAGAGAGCAUCCGAACAGCAGCCGUGCUACUUGGUAAAUCAAAAAAGAUCAUGGAGCUCUUAGAAGCGCGCAAACUCCCUAACUUAGAUAUGAACUCGAUGGCGUACAUUGAUAAGUGGCACGCAUUACCAAAAAGUCUGAUAUCCACUUGUUAUUUUUCUUAUGCUUGCAGGAUUCAUCCAGCUUCUUUAAGUUCUUGUGAAUCGAUUGAGAUAACUAUUGUGUAACUAGUGUGUUGACUAUUGAUGGUUGUUAGUUUAUGUUGUGGCUAGUGUUUGAUUCCAUGUCAAGAGUUUGAUACUAUAUACGUAGAUAUGUGUUUCUACCAGAUUUAGGUGUUUUUUUUUUUGGUACGGUUGAUAUAUUGAUCUAAAUUAGAUCAUCUAAAUACAGUGUUAAUCUACCAUAUAGCUUAGAU